AUGCAAUCAAAUCUUGCAUUCUCUGAAGAAACCAAAAUUGUUUUAUCUUCAAUCAAUGCACCAUCAUCGUUAGUUAUUGAAGAAGAUCAAUCAGUAGAGAAUUGCAAUGAUGCAUUUGAGCCUCUUUUACCUGUUGUUUUAAAUAAAGAAACUUUGGAUAUUUUGGAAGCUCAUCUGGGACUAGGUGGUGGAGGCGACUGGUGGAUAGACCCAUCACGUAAUCCAAUUGAAGUAGACUCAAAUGGAAACAGAGAUGAAGGUGCUAUUUUAGAUGUAGAAGCCAGUUGCAAAAUUUGGUAUCGUACGCCAUUUGAUCGAGAUCCAGAAUUCUGUAAUAACUCUUAUCAUCUUUUGAACCGAUUGAAUGAGUUGGCGAAAAUCAAAGGGUUAAUCGAAGAGGCCUCACUGAGGAAACAUUCGCCUAAUGAAGUAGGAUUAAAUGAUAGUGAUCGCCAAAUAUACCAUUCAACUCUGUCUGUGAGUUGUUCUAUGGAUUUUAAAAAUUUUCUGUCACAUCCAAAUCGUGAUAUACAGAACAUUGAUCCCCAGUUAGAUCUCCACCAUAGUUUAAACAGCUCAAUUGGAGAGUAUUCUAAUUUGCAGGGUACAUAUGCUUUACGUAAGCAAAAUAACAAUAAAAAGACACCUUUACGUGAAGUCUUUGAUGCUAGAGCUCAAGAAGUUGAUAGUGCUAUGUACUGCGAAAAACCCAAACCACCUUUCUCCCAAGCCGUGUAUUCAGGAUUACCUCAAUUACACAGAUCUCAAAGACCUGCUUCUCCUCAUGCUACUCCGAAUAAUAAUGUGCCACCUAAUAUUAGUAACCGCAAAAUUUCUUCAAAGCCUAACGACACUUUGCUUAUUCCAGGCGCUACCAGUAGCCCAUAUCAAAAGGCUAGUAGUCAAAAACAAUCCGUUCUUUCGCGCACCUACUCAAAGGAGCAAAUGGACUUAUUGAAGGAGGUAAAUGACUACCCUCUCAAUGAGUCAAUUCUCAAGGUACCUUCCCUACUUUCUAGAUCUCAUGCAUUGACCACUUCUCUGCCCAUGUCGGAUAAUGAAGGUGAUAUAGAUGUAACUAGAAGUUUAGAUAUCUCGUCUGGAGUUAACCAAUUAUCUCAGUCGCUUUCUGCAGCUGAAUUAGUUAUGAAAGGCCGCAAAAUUUCUGAGAAAUUUAACGCAUCUUACUCUAGUAUGCGAAGCUCAGAUGUAUUUGAAUUAGCUCGUCUCCAGGAAACUCACUUACGUGAACACAGUGGUAGUAGAAGUAAAUUAGAUUGUUCCAACACUUCACUUACUGAGUCGAGUUUUGGAGAUGAGAAACAUCGUGAACACAAAAGUAGUGCCGCUGGUAGUAUUGGGCAAAAAUCAGGCAGUGGUUUAAGUUCUUGUGGGGUCAGUGCAACACACAGUCACGAAGAAAUUGCAAUCGAAGAUACAAAUGAAAGGCCAGAACGUCAACAUACUAUUAUAGCAAAGGAAUGUAUUAACCCAUUAUCAAGUUCAGUUGAUUGUGAACCUAAAGUCAAUAUAAUUGUGGAUGUGCAUUCGAGUACAAAUUUGGAUCAAACAGAUGUUGUAACUUUACCCUCUAAACCAUUAAAUUCUACAUACGAUGCUCCAGACUUCAAGUGCGUCUAUGACUGUGAUUCAACAUCACAAGCAGAUGAAUUUAAAAAUUUCAGACCCAUUAUAGACAGUAUGGAUAGUACCGUAAAUACCAUAAAUGAUUGUAUCACACAAGGAAGCAGCAGUGUAGCACAUAUAUCUCACCCAAAUAGUGAAAUGAUAAAACCUAAGGAAAAUGAACACCAGCCUGAUACUUAUGAGUUAAACAGUUAUGUUACUGUGUUGGAAAACAAUUCAGAUACUGCUUUACCUACUAAACAUGAUGAAGAUACAAAAUCGGGUAAGAAUAAUGUAUCAAAAAGUGAACUGGGUCUUGAACAAAUUAUACCCCAUUUGUCAGAUUCUGCAUCAAAUGUCAAAAAUUUACAAAGUUCUCAGGCAACCCGAACUAUUACCAAACCAGUUAACAAUAACAAAACAAUACCAAACAGACAAUCAGGUUUAAAAAUUCCUUCAAAAACAUCGGUCCCUCUUCCUAACGGAAGUAUUUCUCGCCUUCCAAUGCUAUCUCAAAAAAUGCCUUCAAUGAGCAUAAGUAGUCGUCUUGGUUCUCGUAAAACUAGUAUAACUCGACCUGAACAAGGUUCUUCUUUUGAUCGUCCAAUAAACAAAACUCAACCUUCACUCAAAAAUAAUCCAUCCUCUAAUAACAACAUUCAUAGUAGUGUUUCUACUAACAAUAUCAAAACAAACCAGACAUCUAAUUCUACAAAGUCCCUUCCUAAAUCAUCAGCAUCAUUAACUGUACAGCAAACUCAAAGACCAGUGCCUUCUAGAAUCAGUUUACCAUCUGGUAAUUCGGGAACUACUACCACCAUUCGAAAGCCAACAGUACCAUCGUUUGUUUCAUCUCGUGGGAAAUCUUCUGGUAGAUUAUGAAUUCAACUUUGAAAAAUGUUAUUAACUUUUGAUAAAAGUAUUAUGCACUACCUUUAAGAUAACCCAUAUGGCUUCUUGUGUGCCAAAUCCCGG